GGUCCCAGGAUUCUUGAGCUGAGCCCAGCUGACAAGCUUUUGAAGAUGGCACAAUAACAGUCCAGUGAUGCCUGACCAUGACAGCACAGCCCUCUUAAGCAGGCAAACCAAGAGAAGAAGAGUUGACAUUGGAGUGAAAAGGACGGUAGGGACAGCAUCUGCAUUUUUUGCAAAGGCAAGAGCAACGUUUUUUAGUGCCAUGAAUCCCCAAGGUUCAGAGCAGGAUGUCGAGUAUUCAGUGGUGCAGCAUGCAGAUGGGGAAAAGUCAAAUGUACUCCGCAAGCUGCUGAAGAGGGCGAACUCAUAUGAAGAUGCCAUGAUGCCUUUUCCAGGAGCAACCAUAAUUUCCCAGCUGUUGAAAAAUAACAUGAACAAAAAUGGUGGCACGGAGCCCAGUUUCCAAGCCAGCGGUCUCUCUAGUACAGGCUCAGAAGUACAUCAGGAGGAUGUAUGCAGCAACUCUUCAAGAGACAGCCCCCAGGAGUGUCUUUCCCCUUUUGGCAGGCCGACUAUGAGCCAGUUUGAUGUGGAUCGGUUAUGCGACGAGCACCUGAGAGCUAAACGCGCUCGGGUUGAGAAUAUAAUUCGGGGUAUGAGCCAUUCCCCCAGUGUGGCAUUAAGGGGCAAUGAAAACGAAAGAGAAAUAGCUCCGCAGUCCGUAAGUCCCCGAGAAAGUUACAGAGAAAACAAACGCAAGCAGAAGCUGCCGCAGCAGCAGCAGCAGAGUUUCCAGCAGCUGGUUUCGGCGAGGAAAGAGCAGAAGCGAGAGGAGCGCAGACAGCUGAAGCAGCAGCUGGAGGACAUGCAGAAGCAGCUGCGCCAGCUGCAGGAGAAGUUCUACCAGAUCUACGACAGCACCGACUCCGAAAAUGAUGAAGAUGGCAACCUGUCCGAAGACAGCAUGCGCUCUGAAACCAUGGACGCCAGGGCUGGCGACUCCGUUGGCAGGUCGGACAAUGAGAUGUGCGAGCUGGACCCGGGGCAGUUCAUCGACCGGGCGCGGGCCCUCAUCCGGGAGCAGGAGAUAGCGGAGAACAAGCCGAAAAGAGAAGGUCCCAAGGAGAAGGAGCAAGGGCCCAAUGCCUUCCACCCUGAAGGCAAACAUUUGGCCGAGACACUGAAGCAGGAGCUGAACACCGCCAUGUCGCAAGUUGUGGACACGGUGGUCAAAGUUUUCUCGUCCAAGCCCUCCCGCCAGCUUCCUCAGGUCUUCCCACCUCUCCAGAUCCCACAGGCGAGGUUUGCCGUCAACGGGGAAAACCACAACUUCCACACGGCCAACCAGCGCCUCCAGUGCUUCGGGGACGUCAUCAUUCCCAACCCCCUCGACACCUUCGGCAGCGUCCCCAUGCCUGGCGCCACCGACCAAACCGAGGCGCUACCCCUCGUCGUCCGCAAAAACUCCUCCGACCAAUCCGCCUCGGCCCCGCCGGCCGGUGGCCAUCAUGCCUCCCUGCACCAGUCCCCGCUCUCGGCCACCACCGGCUUCUCCACCUCCUCCUUCCGUCACCCCCUCCCGCUACCACUCAUGGCCUACCCCUUCCAGAGUCCCCUGGGUGCGCCGUCGGCCUCCUUCCCGGGAAAAGACCGCGCCUCCCCCGAAUCCCUGGACCUGACCCGGGAGACCACCAGCCUGAGGACCAAGAUGUCGUCGCACCACAUGAACCACCACCCCUGCUCGCCAGCCCACCCCCCCAGCGCCGCUGAGGGCCUCUCCUUGUCCCUCAUAAAGUCCGAGUGCAGCGACCUGCAAGACAUGUCCGAAAUCUCGCCCUACUCGGGAAGUGCAAUGCAGGAAGGCUUGUCACCGAAUCACUUGAAAAAGGCCAAGCUUAUGUUCUUUUACACCCGGUACCCAAGUUCCAAUAUGCUGAAAACCUACUUCUCAGAUGUAAAGUUCAACAGAUGCAUUACCUCUCAGCUCAUCAAGUGGUUUAGCAAUUUCCGUGAGUUUUACUACAUUCAGAUGGAGAAGUACGCGCGGCAAGCCAUCAACGACGGGGUCACGAGCACUGAGGAGCUGUCUAUAACCAGAGACUGUGAGCUGUACAGGGCCCUGAACAUGCACUACAAUAAAGCAAAUGAUUUUGAGGUUCCAGAGAGAUUCCUGGAAGUGGCUCAGAUCACGUUACGGGAGUUUUUCAAUGCCAUUAUCGCAGGCAAAGAUGUUGAUCCUUCCUGGAAGAAGGCCAUAUACAAGGUCAUCUGUAAGCUGGACAGUGAGGUCCCCGAGAUUUUCAAAUCCCCAAACUGCCUACAAGAGCUUCUUCAUGAGUAGAGAGUUCAGCAGCUAUUUAUGAAUGUAUGAAAGUAGCAGUCCCCUUCUGAUGCCCAAGUCAUGUGUGUCUCUAUUUUAAUUUCAUAUAUAUGUGUAUCGCAUGCAUAUAUAUGUAUAUGAAAUUAGACUGUGAUCCCUCCUGGAUUCAAUUUUUCGUUUGGUUCCAAGGGGAUGGUUAUUUUACUUCAGCCUUCGGUUUACUUUUGCCCGAGACCCUUAACAUUUGAAGAAUCAACGGGGUUAAUUUUCAGGGAGAAGAGUUGGGAAGCGUGUAAAAGCCUGUCUUAGCAAGUUAGGGCAUUACGUUUAAAAAUGCUUUGUCAGAUUUAUUGCUUGCUGCAAAGUGGCAUUUUGUCUUAGUGAGACUAAUGUCAUGGCACAAUACUACAGACAAUGAAGUUUAUAUUAUGUUUAUACUGCUAAAGGUCUGAACUCUGUGGAGUCACUUCAUAAGCUUCGAGCUUUUUUUUUUUAAUUUAUUUUAUAUACUUUUUAACCAAUAACUAGAUAUUGUUUCAUACUUCAAAAAACUACGACAUCUAUUUUAGGUACUCACUCCAAGAAGUGAUACCCAAAAAAGCAAACCCUAUUCUUCAUGCUUUCCUUACAGAAACGAUAAAUACCCUGUACCAGUAAUCAACAUGCCAGGUUGUUGUUUCUCUAAAUUGCAGCAAGGGAUGUUUGCACAAAUCAAACACCGUUCUUGCAGGGUGAGGCCAGUAAUUCAUGCACAAUAUUGUACCAACCACACUAAGUUUGGAAUACGGUCAGCUUAUUAAAGCGGAAGCAUUUCACUCUCCAUAGAGUAAAAAUGAAACCUUCAGCGUCCUAUAUUGCCAUGUCUCGAUCUUACUUCAAGUGGCAUUAGUCCACAAAUUUACUCUUUUCUUAGUCCAUUCUGCCCCAAAAUUCCCCUUUCCAGUAUACAAAGUUUUCUGUCUGUAUUUGACAUCUGUCCUGAAAAGCACUUUUUGAAUGAUCUUAGAUACAGUAGAAGAAAGUGUCUUCACCUCCCAGUGCUGAGGGGG